AUGAAUAAUAAUGGUUCUUGUAUGAGAAAUGCUUUUGAAUCGUUAGAAUUCUUGAGCUUUGAGAGGAUGUCAAACUGGGAAGAAUGGUGUAGAGUUGAGGUUGAAGGUGGAAAAUUUUUCCCUAAGCUGCAACAACUCAAAAUAAGAGAUUGUGAUAGGCUAGUUAGGAUUGAAUUGUCUCACAACUUUCCAUCGUUAGAAUUCUUGAGCUUUGAGAAGAUGUCAAACUGGGAAGAGUGGUGUAUAGUUGAGGCUGAAAAUGGUGAAGUUUUCCCUAAGCUGCAGCGACUCGAAAUAAGAGAUUGUGAUAGGCUAGUUGGGAUUGAAUUGUCUCAUAACUUUCCAUCUUUAACAGAGCUAAUAAUUGAUGGGCAUAACGUUGCUGUUUCGUCGCUCCCGGCGACCCCCGUCCUUCGUGAGUUGAGGUUAGGCGGCAGGUAUGAGAAACUAAAGCUACAGGAUCCGUUCCUGCCACAAACACUGAAAAUUAUUGCGAUAGGAACCCCUGGAGUUAAGCCAAAUUCGAUAGUAAUCCAAAAUAAUAAGAACGUAGAAUUCCCAUUGCCCGACUCACUCAGAAGGUCAUCCAUUGAAAAGGUUCGGAUAUGGAAUAGUUGUGGUUCACUUGAUUGCUUUCCUCUGGAUUUCUUUUCCAAUCUCAGGAACCUUUUAAUUUCAAGGUGUGAAAAUCUAGAAUCACUGACGGUCACAGAGUCGUCGGAUGACAUAAUCCCUCUGUCACGACUGUUUAUACUUGAUUGUCCCAAUUUUAUAAGUUUUCCACGUAACGGCAGAUUGCACGCCCCCAAUCUGACUCAUCUCAAAUUAGAAGGUUGCCAGAAAUUAAAGAAGCUGCCAGAGCAAAUGAGUAACCUCCUCCCAUCUUUGAACUCCUUGAUGAUCUCUAAUUGUCCAGAGGUGGAAUCAUUUCCUGAAGGCGGUCUUCCUUUUAAUCUGUCUCUUCUUAAAGUUGGCUGCGAGAAAUUGAAGGCAUUUCCUGAAGUCGAUCUACUUCCUAAUCUGGCUAAACUGAUAGUUUGGAAAUGCAUGAGAUUAAAGGCACUACCAGAGCAAAUGCGUAACCACCUCCCAUCUUUGGACCUCUUUGAGAUCUGUGAUUGUCCAGAGGUGGAGUCAUUUCCUGAAGGCGGUCUACCUUUGAAUCUGCAUACUCUUCGGGUAUCCAACUGCUCUAAACUGUUUGCACAGCGAAUGAAGUGGAAUUUGCAAACACUCCCGGCUCUUACACGCUUUUCAAUCGUAGAUGAAGGUGGAAUCAUUUCGGAAUCAUUUCCGGAGGUGGGGUUGUUGCCUUCCACUCUUACCACUCUUAACAUCAUUGGACUUGGAAGCAUUAAGAUGCUGGGGGAAGGUCUUCAACAUCUCACAUCUCUCAAAGAAUUGGUCAUCGAGGGGUGCCCUCAAUUGCAAGAGUUUCCAAAGCAAGGCUUGCCUACCUCUCUUGAAAGAUUAAUGAUCGAAAAAUGCCCUCAAUUGCAAAAGUUGCCUCAACAAGGCUUGCCUAUCUCUCUUACUUCUUUAGAUAUCUAUGAAUGUCCUAUACUGGAAGAACGGUGCCAGCGGGAGCAAGGCCAAGACUGGAACAAAAUUUCUCACAUCCCCAACAUUAGAAUCCGUUAA